CGGAGCUGCGGGGGCCGCGAGCAGCCGGGGGGGUCUCGGGGCCGGCUCCGCUCGCCGAGUCUCCCCUGAGGGGCCCGCCCAGCCUAAAGUUGGUCUUUCCUUUGUGCAGUGCCGGGAGCGCUGGUGCCGCGGCGCCUCAUGCUCGGGGUCGCUUUGUCUCAGUUCCCGAGGUGGUCCCUCCUCGCCCCCUCCUCCCUGGCCGCGUUAAACGCCCCGUGUGCCCCGGGCGGCCCUUCGGGCGCUGCGCUCCCGGGAUCGCACGGCGGACACGUCUCUGCCUCUCGGACCGGGUUUUGCCACCGCGAUCGUGGCUGAAGCUUUGAUGGACGAUGACGGUCGUGUUUGUUUGCAGACCUUAGUUUUUUGAGUCGAGGUCUCCUAUUAAAGUCAUGUUAUUUUGGUCUUUAGUUUAAACGGGAAAAAAAACCCGCUAAACGUGUUGGGGCCUUCGAGGUGAAGAUUUGUUUGUGUUUUGGCAAAGAUGCUGGUUAAAUACAGUUAGUGUCCCAAGAAAAUCACUUCUCCAGCCAAAAACAAAAAGGUCAUAAGGGGAUAGGAUUGCUUUACAUUCUCUCCUCUCUAGCUCAGGCCCGCAGUUGUGACUCAUGCUGUAGUCCAGAGCUCAGAACUUGUGGCUGCCACCACCUUUACUCAGGUGGUUAUCAUAAAAUAGAAAAUUAUAGUUUAUCUGUUAAUUUAUUUGUUUUAAUGAAUUUUGUUUACCUAGCCUUCUUUGGUUAGAAAAUAAAGAGUCGAGGAAUUUAUUGCUUGUAUUGUUUUUCCUUGAGGGCCUGAGCUUGGAGAAGGCAAACUGAUGUUAAUUGUUUUCUCAUCAAGUUUCCACAUGCACGCUUCAUUUCCAUUUUAAAGUUACUAAGAAUGCAGAUAAACUUUUUUGUUCAGUGCUCUGUUGCAAGUUUUUGGAGGCAUAUACACCUGGUAUCCCUUUAAUAGUCUUGCUACUGUGUUUGCACAUAACCCGUCCUAAUUUUGUAAAUAACAGAGCAAAACCUCAGUGUGUGUACACAUUGACAUCUGUGUAUCAAACUGUCUUUCAUGGGAUGAGAUUGGGAGGGAUCCCAGUCCCAGAUCAUUUAUCUUUACUAUCCUACCACAUCAUUCCUGAAGUCAUCUAACAGUCUUCUAAAUUUGUUGCUGUUGUUGAUUUCUUAUUUUUCUGAACUCUCAAACCUAUUUGGUAAGGUUUCCCCAAUUCUCCAGAAAAAUACUGAGUACUGUUUUGGUUUUCAUCAGAUAGUGCAAUCUGCAAAUCCUUUCCCUCUGUGAAGAACUCUAAAGACUCCAGAGAGAUCUGUAAGCAAAGAACUGAUCAGGCGAUAACUGGGGGCUUUUAGUGUUGUCCUGUGUGGUACCUUAUGAUGUCAGUAUUUAUCUUCAGGAAAACACAUUGUCUCUGUUAUUGUAUAUUAUUUCCUGCAAGAAAAGUUAUUCUUCAUUAUGGUGACUGGAUACCAGAUGCCUGCCAAAACUAUUUUAUUGCUCCCUUCCUCAGCUGGGCAGGGGAGAGAAAAUAUAAAAAAAGUCUCUUGGGUCGAGAUAAGGACAGGGAGAGAUCACUCACCAGUCACCGUCAUGGACAAAACAGACUCAACUUGUGAAAUUAAUUUAGUUCAUAAUCAAAUCAGUACAGGGUAAUAAGAAAUAAAACCAGAAUUUCUGAACUCCUUCCCCCGUCCCUCCGUUUUUUUCCCAGGAUUAACUUAAUUUCCGGUUCUCUCUACCUCCUCCCUGCAGCAGUUCAGGGGAAUGAGGAAUGGGGGCUGUGGUCAGUUCAUCGCAUAUUGUCUCUGCCACUCCUUCCUCCUCAAGAGGAAGACUCCUUCCCCUGCUCUGGUGGGGGGUCUCCCCCAUGGAAGACAGUCUUCCACAGGCUUCUCCGAAGUGUGUUCUUCCCAUGGUCUCCAAUUCUUCACUAGCUGCUCCAGCAUGGGUGCCUUCCACAAGGUGCAGUCCUUCAGGAACAGGCUGUUUCAGCGUGGAUCCCCCAUGAGGUCACAAGUACUGCCAGCAAACCUAUUCCAAAAUAGGCUUCUCUCUCUAUGGGUCCACAGGUCUUGCAAGGAGACUGCUUCAACAUGGGCAUCCCAUGGGGUCACAACCAUCUUUGAGCAUCCACCUGCUCUGGCAUGGGGUCCUCCACAUCCUGCGGAGCACAAAGUAAUCAUAGUGGGACUUGAUAAUGCUGGAAAGACUACUAUUCUUUACCAGUUUUUAAUGAAUGAGGUGGUUCAUACUUCUCCAACCAUAGGAAGCAAUGUAGAAGAAAUAGUGGUGAAAAACACUCAUUUCUUAAUGUGGGAUAUUGGAGGACAAGAAUCAUUACGGUCAUCGUGGAAUACCUAUUAUUCAAACACAGAGUUCAUCAUUCUGGUUGUUGACAGCAUUGAUAGAGAGCGACUUUCUAUUACAAAAGAAGAACUUUAUAGAAUGCUGGCUCAUGAGGAUUUACGGAAGGCUGCAGUUCUCAUCUUUGCAAACAAGCAGGACAUGAAAGGCUGCAUGACAGCUGCCGAGAUAUCUACAUACCUCACCCUCAGCUCCAUAAAGGAUCACCCGUGGCACAUUCAAUCCUGUUGUGCUUUGACAGGAGAAGGAUUAUGCCAAGGCUUGGAGUGGAUGACCUCCCGUAUUGGAGUGGUAAAGAGCUUCAGUAUUCCCAAACGAGUGAUUCUUUCCAGCUCUUUAAACACACGGCACACAGUAAGGGGGAGAGGACUUGGGCACAGCUGCUCAAAAUAUUUGUUGUCAAAAUAAAAUUGAGUUGUUCUGUUAAA